UAAACUUUCUUCCCACCCCCGGUGCCAUCUCUCUGCUCAAAAUACCCAAAUCCCACAUACAUGCAUGGCACGCUAUAGGUGACCUCCACCAUGGCCUUAUACGACUCUUACAAGACCGCGGAGGCCGUGGCUGAAGGCUUUCGCUAUUUCCGCGAACCUCUGCAAGAAUAUAACACGGAAAUCACCCGCCUCGUUGCCCAGCUCUAUUCGAUCAGCGUCUCUCUCAAAGGCCUGGAGGAUCUUACAAGACACCGAGCCUAUCAACAUAAUUUACCGGCCAUUCAACUUGAUCUGGAUUUGCUUCGGGCUAGCUUGAGGUAUACGCUCGAGGACGUGCUUGACUUCUUCGAUGAUCUGGAGACACGAAGAGGAGACAGCAGCGGAGUAUACAAGCAAGUCUGGCUUGGACUUUGUUCUCACUUCAACGCGGAAUCCCACGAGUCAUUAUCCACUCGACUAGCCAAGUACAACUCCUUUUUGGGUGAUUUGAACCGCAUAAUGAAGGGUGAGUAUCAUGAUACUCGCCUAAUGUCUUCGCUCCGCAACACUAUCCAAGGACUUUUGUACCAUCAGGAUAGCCGACUUGCACCGCGUCUGGGCUCUCUGUCAUUGAGCUCGCCAUCCUCCAGCAGCAGCAGUAGCAGCAAUGCUGAUCCAGGGAGUCCUGUGAGUGACCGUAGGCCUCGCAGCCGCAGGUCGUACGAGCGAGCACGGCCUGUUCAUUCCUCACCCCAGUCGCCUACAUCGACUUCAUCAGGCACGUUCUCUGACAUUCCGCCCUCUGCUCCCGAUGCCCCGGACUCCCCUACCACUAGCACAACCGCCACCAGCCAGUCAGUGGACUCAACCCUUGCCAGCGACCACUGGGCCAGACGAGUAUUUCUGGACGAGCAUCCAAUGACGCCAAUCCCUUAUGUCGGUGAAAGCUCUAAAUGCCUCGGAGAACUGAGAGAAGGCGUCAAUGUCAAAUCCUGGCUUCACGGCCAGGGCUUCGAGGAGCUGUUCCAACUAGCUUUCAGUAGUGACGAGACAGAUCUUCGUGUAUGCUUUUACAUACGAGACGAUGACCAUCGCGUGCGGAUCGUGUGCAAAUCCCGGCGGUCUCGAUCCAGUGAUUACUAUUGCCUGCCUUUGAACCUGCUUGAGAUUGUCCGCGUUGGCUCCUGCUUGCAAAUUUGUCGACGGCGUCGCGGGGGUUCUGAACUCGUUUUGUGGGCCAACCUCAAGUUUAGCACUAUUGAGCAGAUGGUGAUAUUUUUCUGCACAUUCUUGGCUCUACGAUCGCAGGACUCCGGUCGGCCUGUGGAACGCAUUCGCGAUUACGAGCUUGACGAGGAGGAGGAGCUGUUUGGAGGACAAAUUGUCGACGAUGACUUCCUCCACGCCUUGCGCGUGUACCGAGACAACGUGUCUGGAGCUGUCCGACUGCAAGCCUCUGUCCACAAAGGAGAGAUGAAACGCUUCCACAGGAUGCCUGUUUGGACUGCCUUUAUAACGGAUUACAUCGCCUCCAAAGGCUGGAUUCGCCGACUGAAUCCCAAAACGGUGGUCCUGCGCGACCUCCGUCGAGUUAUCUUUACAUUUCCAAAUUACAACCCACCACAAACACCCAAAGGAGAACAUAUCUUAAUGUUCAAGAAUCGUUCUGACGCCCAGGGUUUCAUGGACACGAUUUCCGAAUUGUCUCAUAUGUAAAAUGACAAAUGAUUAGGGAUGCUGACAAUAUCCAGCGUUUUUUGUAUUAGUUGCGGCA